CCAUUCAUACAUCCCUCCUCUCCUCCCUCACGCCUCCUCCACAUAACUCACACUUAUCCAUGACAAUCACUUUCUCAUAGACGGGACUAAUUAUUUAAGACUGGAAAAGAGUUCAAAAAUACCCGGUGACAGAGACGAGACAGGGGCCGUGAACAUCACAUUUCCGGGCUCUCUGUCCAAUGAAAAUGUUUCAGACCGUCCCCGACACGUCGUCUUACGUCAAGGUAAGACAACAUCGUCACUACGAGCAGGAGGCGCUGUCAGUGGUGAGUGAAGACCAGUCUCUGUUUGAGCCUCCGUACGCUGCUGCUGCUCCCAAAACAGACAUGACUGCGUCCGGCGCACAGGACUACGGUCAGCCUCACAAGAUCAACCCUAUCCCCCCUCAGCAGGAGUGGAUCAGCCAGCCCGCCCGGGUUCAUGUCAAACGAGAGUAUGACCACAUCAAUGGCUCCAGCAGAGAGUCCCCGGUGGACUGUAGUGUGGGUAAAUGCAAUAAAAUGGUGGGUGGGACCGACGCAUCUCAAAUGAGCUAUACUGGCUACAUGGAUGAGAAGUGUGCUCCGCCCCCAAACAUGACAACCAAUGAGAGGAGAGUUAUCGUCCCAGCAGACCCUUCUCUCUGGUCUCCAGACCAUGUGCGGCAAUGGUUAGACUGGGCCAUUAAAGAGUAUGGUCUUCAGGAGAUCGACACAGCCAUGUUCCACAACACAGAUGGAAAAGAACUUUGCAAGAUGAGCAAAGAGGACUUCAUGAGACUUACCAGCAUCUACAACACGGAUGUCCUGCUCUCACAUCUCAAUUACCUCAGGGAAAGCAGCUCAUCAAUAUCAUACAACACGCCAUCUCAUACUGACCAGUCUCCUCGCUUGGCUGCCAAAGACGAUGCGUCUUAUGAUGCUGUACGGAGGGCAGGCUGGUCAAACAACAUGCACAGCGGGAAAGGCUCUCCUACAGUUGUGUCCCAGAACGUGUCCAAGAACACUGAACAGGCUCGGCCUCAGCCCGAUCCUUACCAAAUAUUAGGACCGACUAGCAGUCGACUUGCCAACCCAGGUUCAGGUCAGAUCCAGCUGUGGCAGUUCCUGCUCGAGCUCCUCUCGGACAGCGCCAACGCCGGCUGCAUCACCUGGGAAGGGACCAACGGAGAGUUCAAGAUGACGGACCCCGACGAAGUAGCGCGUCGCUGGGGCGAGCGCAAGAGCAAGCCCAACAUGAACUACGACAAACUGAGCCGCGCCCUGCGCUACUACUACGACAAAAACAUCAUGACCAAAGUGCACGGCAAGCGCUACGCCUACAAGUUUGACUUCCACGGCAUCGCUCAAGCCCUGCAGCCCCAUCCCACCGAGUCCACCAUGUACAAAUACCCAACCGACCUGCCCUAUGUGCAAAGCUACCACGCUCACCAGCAGAAGGUCAACUUCGUUUCGCCCCAUCCUCCCUCUAUGCCCGUCACAUCCUCCAAUUUCUUUGGGCACACCAACCCAUACUGGAGCUCUCAGACAGGAGGGAUUUAUCCCAAUCCCAGCAUGCCGAGUCACACCAGCAAACACGUAACUCACAACCCUCCCCACCUUGGCAGUUACUACUAAAACCUUCACCUUUCACCCCGCUGCCCGUACGCCAAAACUUGAACUGCACUCGAAGCGAAGACAAAAAAGCAAGCUACAACUGGAGGGACUGUGCCUGGAAAGUUAGCAGAAGGAAGCAACGUUGAAAGAAGCUGGAAAAGAAAGAGAAAGUAGAGCAAAACGGACCAAAAAAUGGCUGAUCCUCUUUCAAAUGGAGUACUACUUAUUGGAGGACGUAGGGUUGGUGUUUGUUUUGGAGAGCGUGUGCAUGUUUCUUGUGCCUUUCUACAUCCGAAAGCUGCAGAAUCCCUUCUAGCAAAUAAAGACCACCUCUAGUAUGUAUAAGUCGCUGAACGACUGAGAAAAGAAUCACUGUAAACUCACCCUGUGUGUUUAAUGCAAUUGUGAACCCAGUGUUUAUAUUUUUGGACCUAGUCCCCGCUUCCCUUUGGAUUUUAUCGAAAACCGUCUCGGUUACACGAGUUUAUCUUCUCAAGUCGUGACUGAAACUCUCUCUUCUAAAGCAAAUC